AUGGUGAAUACUCAUAUUCAUCACUCUCGUUCGAAACCUUCUGUAGCAACACCCGACUCUUCGUUUCCUCUAUUUAAUGCUGCUGAGAAUAACCUUAAAAUGCCAGCUGUUGGCCUUGGACUUGGAUUUUAUGGUGGAAAUAAUGAACCUUAUGGUACGUAUCCUGAGUGUGGUGCUGAACCACACAUUGAUUCAUCUGGUCACAUCAAUCCACCGCCACCUGGCUGUGGAUCUAAUACUCAAAAGGCGGUGUACACAUGGUUGCAUAACGCAGGUGGACGUCGACUUGAUUGUGCUAAUUCGUACUAUAAUCACAAGUCCGUUGCACUAGGUAUCCAACAGAGUGGUGUGAACCGAUCGGAUAUUUUCAUUUUAAGCAAAGUUGGACCAACAUUUGGUUUAGGCUUUAAUGACACAAUUAAUCAAACUAUGAUCAUCUUGCAAGAACUGCAGACAAGUUGGAUUGAUCUACUCCUUGUACAUUGGCCCAUCAUGAUCCAUCCUCAUGAAACGUACAUACCACCAACAUCCGAUCCAUUAUGUAAUGUGAGUAAUCCAUCGACGUACAGUGAGAAAAAUUGUCGUCUUUCAACUUGGUCUGCUAUGAUCACAUUAUUUAAUCGUGGAUUAGUCCGUUCCAUCGGUGUCUCCAAUUACAAUGUAACACAUUUACAAGAAAUCAUCGACGCUGGUAUGCUUUUGCCGAGUGUUAAUCAAGUUUCAUUCAAUCCAUACAACUAUCGAACUGGACGAGCUGAUCUACUUGAAUUUUGUCAGAAGAAUAACAUUCAACUAGUCGCUUAUUCACCGUUGGGAGUACCUGAUGCACGUCAGUUUCCAGUCGUGCACGAAGGUAAACCAACAGGUAUGCAUGCAACGUUACUUCAAGAUCCGGUGAUUAUUUCGUUGGCAAGAACGUAUGAACGUACUGAAGCACAAAUCUUAUUACGAUGGAUUCAUCAACUCGGUGUUGCUUCAAACCCGCGGUCAAUGAAUGAAAUUCAUAUGCGAGAAAAUCUCGAUAUUCUCUCGAAUCCAUUUACUAUCAACAAUGAUGAUAUGAUGCGUAUAACUAAUCUAGCUCAAGAUACAUGUGAAGUUGAUCCGGAUUGGUACGAGUGUGUCGGAAAUGGUAGCCUUCCAUAA